AAGAAAUGGUUAAGGGCAUGGUUCACCAGGACUGGAGCUGAACACCCCUGCACUGUGUUUAUUUUCAGACAUAUUCACCCACUACUGAGUUGUAAGGAAAUGACUUGUACUUACAGCUAGUGAAAUUGGACCACUGUGAUGGUCAUGGCUAAAGGUUGUUUUAAAUCAGAAGCUUAAACCGCCAAUAUGAUGAAGCAAAUGCUGUAUUUAGGAUGGUUUGUUUGAUUGGCUGUUUCAUGUUUUGAGAGGUGUUGUCACCGCUUUGGCAGUGGUUGUUAACAGGCUUUUGAGAAUAGUAGAAAGCCUAUUGACAGAAUUGCUUUUGCAGCUCUGCUGAGUUCUCUUAAGUUGUCCACAUGCUCCAGAGGUGACACUGGAGCCAUAAACCUUUGAAGACUGGAGUCGCUACCUACUCUUGUUACUUACGGCUCCUGUUGACACAGGAAGUGAAGGAGCAGGAGGGUGGGGGUGUGUCUGUGUGUGUGUGUGUGGCUGUGUGCGCUGAAGUCAACCUAAUUGUUGUAUUGGUUUCAUGAAAGAAAUGUGAAUAACUCAUUUAUCAAUUGCCCACAGACAGACUCAGCAUUUUGUCAUUAUGUGGAGAGCGCCUUGGCCUCAUUUCAAUGCAUCGCGAGUAAGCACACCACAUACACACUGAUGCAGAGUGGAUUCACCCUUCAAAAUUCACACAUUUAUCACACAGCCUUGUUCAGCUGACCCAUGCAAACACUGGGAUCCUGACAGACGAAAAGCAGCGAAGACAAAUAUCUUGUCAUUUAUCACCCACUGUCUUUUUAGAACCCUGCAUGGUGCUCAACCCCAAGGGUCCAGAGUAAUCCCCACUAAAUAUUCAGCAUUUACUCCUCAAUGGGAGCCCUUUGUUGCUACCAAGACGAACUGAUUUCUCAUCUUGUCAAUCUUCACUCUUCCACCAGUCCAAAGAGGCACGGGGGUGGGGAGAGUGCCCAUGCACACGCGUGCGUGAGAAAAGCAUUGGAGAGAAGUCUGCGUUUUUCUUAACAUUUCUAAUUUACAACUUAGAAGAAAUAUUCUUAUUUUACACUUUAUUUUAUUUAGAUUUUGGCAGAAUAUAAACAAAAGGAGAACUUAACAACUGACAACAAGCUUAACAACAAGCUUCAGGCUUCUACUGCAAUAGGCAGUUACUUACUUACUUAAAUGCCCUCCGUAUGUUUAUGUUGCAAGAUUACAUUUUUAGUUGCAGUUUAGUUCUGACCACAUUUUUCUAUGUUCUUUCAUACUUGUUCUUUAGAAGCCGUCUUUCCACUGGAAGGGAUGGAGGAUAAUUAGAACCAUAUGGAGAACUAACUCUCUUACAAUGGAAGCAAAGUACGGCAAACUAGCUCAGGCGGACCAGAGAUGAGUAGAAUAUCCUCAAGUAAAUGCCUUGUUACUGCAGUUAAAAUGCUGCCUUAAAUUCGUAAACUAUCAGGUAAAAAAAAUACUCCAGUGGACCUUACAUCCUGGAUCUCAAUGUGAAUGACUAAAACAGAACUGAAUACAAAGUAGAUUCCUUUAUUCACACAGUCGCAAAAGAAAUAAUUUCAAAAAUCACAUUCAUAAAAUUUUACUUAGUCUGACACAGAUUUACUUUGUUUUUUGUACACAUCACUAGAGGACACCCAGAGUUUCAGGUGAAACUUAAAGAUGUCUAAGUGCUCUUAUUCCAGCCCAUUUACUGAAGCCAACCUGUAGGCAAGUUUAAUGCUGAAUUUAUGAUACAAUUCUCAUUCUUUGUUUCCAAGCUGACUUGUCUACAGACACUUUUACAAUAUAGUAUGGAGGCAGUAAUGUAAGUCAGAUUUCCACGUUUAGUAAAUCAACCUGACUUUUAAAUGAUGUUUAAAUACUGUUAUGAUGUAGAAUUUGCUUUUGACUUCGGAUAUGACUUUGAAUUAAUUAACAAAUUAUGACUUUGGUGUAUAUUGUAGGUUGACUGAGUGUAUUGUGUAGGAACCAAACUUUAACGUAAUGUUUAGCUACUUUUUUGAGGUAGGGUUUGGUAUGAAGGCUUCAUUGUAGUUUGGUUACUGUAUGGUAAAUCAGCCAGACUUCCCCUGAUGUUUAGCUACUUUUCUGAUUUUGCUUCUUAGCUGACUUUAAACUGAAAUUAUGGGUUUGGAUUAGAGGCAGUAUUGUAGUUUUGAGGUAACAUAUGUUAAACCUGACUUGCACAUGAUGUUUAGCUACUUAUCUGAUGUAGGCUGUUUCUUUGGUGACAUCUUCAGAGAAGAGACUUAAAAUUCUUCCUCACAAAAUCUGUUUGGGCUUUCUGUCUGACAUCUUCAGACACAUGACUUUAAACUAAAAUACUUCUUCAAAAUACUUUGGUUUCUGUGUCAACCAGACUUCCACAUGGUGUGUUGAGCUACUUUUUUGAGGUACACUGUUUCUGAGCUGAUUUGUCUUAAAACAUAAGAUUUUUGACUUUAAAUGUUAUUUGCUUUGGAGGCAGUAUUGUAGUUUUGAGGAAAUGUAUUAUAUGUUAACCAGACUUCCACAUGAUGUUUGGCUUCUUAUCUGGUGUAGGCUGUUUCUCUGCUGACUUGUCUUCAAAGACAAGACUUGAAACUAAAAUACUGCUUCUAAAUCUUCAGUCUUUGGAGGCAGUAUUGUAUUUUGGAGGUAGUGUAUGGUAUGUCAGCCAGACUUCCACAUGGUGUCUGAGCUGAUGUCUUCAAACAUGAGACUUAUGACUUUAAAUGUACUUCGGUUUGGAGGCAGUAUUGUAGUUUGUACAGAGUAUCCUAAAUCAGCCAGAUUUCCGUUGUUGUUGGCCUACUUUUCUGUUGUAGUCUUAAAACAGACUUUUAGCUGGGCUUUGGUGGCUGCAUUGUAAUUUGGAGAAGGUAUUGUAAAUUAGCCAGCUCAUUAUUUUGUUAGACUUUAUUUUGUGUUUAGACUUUAACUUAAAUUGCCUCAAAUUGAGUCACAAAGUUUGGACAGUGUUGUAAGUCAUCCAGACUUCCACAGCAACUUUUCUGAGGGUACUUUCAUGAGGUAGAUCACAUCUCUGUUUUUUCCCCACUUAGCAAGACUUUCCAAAACAUCAUCAGUGGUCAUGGCUGGCUGUCUUGUCUCUUUUUUCAUCGUGUGUGAGUAUGUGUGUGUUCUGACGUCACGCGGCGAGCAGAAGUGCAGGCACUGGCUGGCUAACGCGAAAACUCGCCGACCCUCCGUCCCCCUUCGGCACGAUGCUGGACUCGCUGGCGCUGUUGCUGGAGAAAGCCUUCCUCCUCGCCCAUUUCGACAUUUUCAGCGUGCUGCUCUCCAGCGAGGAGAAGGACAGGAAGGUGGAGAAUGCGGCGGAGGUGGAGAGGGAAAGGCGCCUUCAGCAGCAGCGGCUCCGGCGCGGCGACCUCCUGGAGGUGCCUCGCACCCUCUUCAUCCACUUCGGCAUCUAUCUGGGCGACGGCAAGGUGGCCCACCUGAUUCCCGACAUCCUGCCGGCGCUGACGAGCGAUGAGCACCGCAUCGGGAGGGUGGUGAGCAACAACCGGCUGCUGCUCGGCGUGCUCUACAAGUGCGCAACCAUCCGCGUGGACACGCUGGAGGACUUCGCGUACGGCUCGCCGGUGCUCCUCAACACCAUGGACGACGCACUCAGGACGCGACCGCUGGCCAACGAGGAGGUGGCGCUCCGGGCCGAGAAGCUCAUAGGCAGGAUCCCGUACAGUCUGCUGUGGAACAACUGCGAGCACUUCGUCACCUACUGCCGCUACGGCACCGGGGUCAGCCUGCAGACCGACAAGUUCUGCGAGUGCCUGAAAUCCAUCAUCCGGGAUCAGAGGAGCGUGCUUGUGGCAACAGUCCUCGGAGUGUGUUGCAUGCUUUUCAUGGGAUUAUCACCCUCCACAGCACUUCCAACCCUCCUCAUCCUCUUCAUCUUGUGGAUGGCUGGAUAAGAGACUUUUCUUGCUGUGCUCAUACCCGGCUAAACCGGAUCUGAGUGCUGUUUAAUAUUCAACUGUCUGCUUUCACGAAGACAUUGAAAUAUCAUUGUGUCAGUUUGAUAGUUGGAUAUGUUUAGCACAGUUUAACAGUAUUAUGUUAAAGCUAACCCCUUAUUUUUUGUACCUUAUUCAGUCAACAUUAAUAAAUGUUGAAACAAGCAGUACAAAAAUUGUUUCUCCAUAUAACUGCUUUUCUCAUGACCUGCUACAGCACUCUACAAACAAACCGGGAGAAAAAUGACUAGAUCUUAAAAAUGCCUUUGUUGCUGAGUUCUUAUAAU